UUAAAUACCCUUCCCAGCCAAUAAAGCUGUCAGCCAGUGUCUGAAACACUUGAGGUACCUGCCAGGAAGCAAAGCUUGUCUGCAGCCUUUGGUCACUCGAGGAUUGCUGGCUGGCCCAGGUUGUUGCUGACAGCCAAGGCCUUCCUCCCCAAGCUGUUUAAAUGAGAAUGUCCCUGGCGCAAAGAGUGCUGCUGACAUGGCUUUUUACCUUACUCUUCCUGAUCAUGCUGGUGCUGAAGCUGGAUGAGAAAGCCCCGUGGAACUGGUUCCUCAUUUUCAUUCCCGUGUGGAUCUUCGACACGAUCCUUCUGGUGAUGUUGAUUGUGAAGAUGGCCGGGCGCUGCAAGUCCGGCUUCGACCCCCGCAACGGCUCGCAGAACAUGAAGAAGAAGGUCUGGUACCUGGUGGCCAUGCUGCUGAAAGUGGCCUUCUGCCUGGCCCUGUGUGCCAAGCUGCAGCGCUUCACCACCAUGAAGCUGGCCUACGUGUUCAUCCCCCUGUGGGCCCUGCUGCUGGGGGCCCUGCUGGAACUGGGCUACAACAUCUUCUAUGUACGGAGAGACUAGGCCAGGCCAGAGCUCCCGGGCAAGGCUGGCACCAAAUUGCUGGGUUAUUGCCAUUUUGCCACAAAUUUGAUCUUCAGACUAGAAAGCCAAAUGAGUCGAGCUGGAGACUUAAGCUAAAGCAGACUGAAGACUAAAAGUAGAUAUGUUUCUUUUUUUUUAUUUUAAAACUCACAUAUGCUCUUGUAAAUAAAAGUAUUUGUUCA